AUGUGUGAGUUUGUGUUGUACGGCCUUCCGCUGGUGAUCCGCCCAACCACCUGCUGGCAGCUGGACUGGGAUGAAAUGGAGAACAACCAGAACUUGUUCCAUGCCCUCUGCCACACACUCAGGAGUCGUGACCUGUUCCUGCUGCUGCAGGUGGAGCCGGCUCAGAAGUCUGCAGCUGGAGCCUCAGGUGUGUAUUCCCACUACAUCCUCCAGCCAUCUUCAUCUCUGUCCCUGCUGCUGAAGCCUGUGGUCUCCAGAGAGUUGCUGCUGCCGUGCUCACAGCUGGUCUCGGCUCAGGACCCUGCACAUCACGCCAUGCAGACUAUACAGAGCUGUCUCACUCAGCUGGAUGAGGAGUUUGUUUUAAACCCUCUCACCCUGAGCAGUAACCUCUACCAGCACCUCAGGAGCCGAGGCCUGCUCUCCCAGCCACGAUACCCAUACAGGAUUCAGCCACCACAGGAGGGCCCUAAAAGCACAGGCAGCAGACAGCCACGGCAGCUACAAAACUACAGUCGCCAACUGGGAAUGAACAACAAGGUCAGGGCCACCGUUGCUCCGCUACCCUCCUCCUCCGCCGCCUCCUCUUCCUCCUCGCUGGGACCUCCUCCCAGCAAGGCCUCCCGCCCAGCUCUGAACUUCCUCAGCAGCAGCAGCAGUGGCAGCAGUCGGGCCCCUACCCGGCAAGAGGGAAACGAUGAUGAUGAUGAUGAUAACUCUGUGCUAAUACAGUAAGAGUGCUGCAGGGUUAGUAGCAGAAAGUGAGGAAAAGUCCAUUGUUGCACACUUCAAAGGGGUUCCAGUGGAAUUAGCGCACCUGCAAAUAUAUAGGCCCUCACACACACACACACACACACACACACAUAUUUGGCUAAUUGGUCUCCACUGUAAAGCUGGUGAGCAAUCAGGCAGCUCAUAAAGGCUUUAAAGAAAGGAAGAGACAAGCUAAUUUGCACGUAAAUGCACACAGGAGGCCGUGCAACACGCUGCGAGCACACUUACUCUGCACUGCACUCUGGGUGGUUCUUCUGACACUUUCUUUCAUCUCUAUUUAUUCUCACCGCUCGCUCGAACAAUAUUAGUUAGAUCUGAAUUUAACAAGCCUCCGUCGCUGCAUUUGCAAGCAUGUGCGUGUAUGUGUGCGAGCGUGAAUGUGAGAAAGGAAAGUUUCAGCUCGCUGCCAUGUGCAGAUUGCUGAGUUAGCAAAACGUCAAAAUCACACACCGUAAACAAUGAAAAAGAAAAAAGCAGGAUAAAAGAUGAAAAGAAGGGAAGCGGCAGGACAAUGAAAGCCUUAAACAGUCACCCAAAAAAAAAAUGGGGGGAAGUAAUAAGAAGUUGCAAAAAAAAAAAGAACAAACGUGGGUGGUGUGUGGGAGAUCAGAGGAAGAUUAAAAGCUGAUGGAUGUAUAAAAAGCAGUGUCUGUGCGCUACAGCACGCACGCUGGCACGCACAGCUUUAAGUCAAAAGGAAACUAGCUACAAAACUACAAUUGAUGCAUAAUAAACGAGACGUGCUGCAUAAAGACUUAUAGCGCGCACACAUGCACAUUCCAUCUUGAGCUCCCGUUCGAACACAGCUUCACUGUUUCAGCGAGCCAGAGACAGAGAGGCCUCUCUGCUCGCCUUUACCCCCGCCGCCAGCUCUCUCUCAGAGGGUUUAAAGGCAGCGUGAGGGGGAGGAGGGUGGAUGGAAGAAAACUGAUAAAAUCUCCAGUGUGUUCUGUGAAAACGUGAAUAUGACAACUUUGCAUUGGAAAAAAACACUCCGUUGUGUCUGCGAGUGAGUGUGUGUGUGUGUGUGUGUGUGUGUGUGAGGCGAUUUGAAGCUAUUACAUCACUGCUGGUUUGUGCACAGUUUUAUAUUUACACCCCGACAGUGAUUCACAUUCACACAUUAGUUACGUUUGUCCGUCGUCACUGUUAUGAAUUCCUUUCCCGUGAAUGAGCCUUGUCACACACAGGUUUAAUGAGUCUCCCGCCAUUCCACCCCCUUACUGAACCUUAUAACAUUUGGCACAUCCCAGUGGCCAGUGACUUCAUGACGUUGUGAUGUCACACUACUUCCGCAUUCACGACGACAACGAUGCUUUUGUCUCUGAGAAGAAUUCACCCGGACCUUCAAAACUAGCCACUAACAUUUUCCCCACUUCCCCCCCCCUCUCUCUCUCUCCCCCGUCGCUUCUUCACUCUCGCUCUUCACUUUCUUUUUGAUUCUCACGAGCGCUGGAGAGCUGAGUCAACUGGUGUGAAUUUCAUAAAUUUGUUCAGAUGCAACGACAGCAGUCCCUCUGUCCCCGGAGAGGUCAGAAGGCUAGAGCCGGAGCUCUUCUGCGUGACCUGCACACUGUUAGACACACUCCUCAUUAAAUGUCACAACUGUUACAGAUAAAUGUGAUAUUACCAGAAACUGACAAAAGUUCAAUUGUUUUUGAAAUUGCAGGAAGUUUAACAGUGUCCCGCUUGUCAGGUGACUUUUUCGAUUUUUCGCUCUAAAGCAAAAGGUCUUCUCUGAAAAAUGUUUUGCAUUUCUCGUUGUUCUUUUUUUCCUCAUCUCACAGUGUUAAUUCAAUCGUGUUCCUGUUCAGCUUUCUUUCAUAUAUAUGAGGUGUAUAUAUAUAUAUAUAUACACACACAUGUAUAAACCUGUAUCUGAUCUGUUCAUCUGCUGUGGAAUAAUAAAAUGCCAGUUUGUGGGCGGAUGAUUGCGGUAACAUUUCUGUAGCAUAAGGUGCUGAUAGUAGAAGAAGGGCACCUAACCGCCUUUAACCUUUUACCUCCCACAGGUUUCCCUGCACAUUAAUAACAUUAUUGAGUUUCCCAAGGAUGAGAGCGGAGUGAAAAGGCGUAUAAAUAUGAAACUGUUGCAUUUAUUAUUAUUUAAUGAUUGAUUGUCUUUGUCAUCUUCAUCAUUAUCGCUUAAAAAACUCCACCGCACAAUUAAGUGCAUCCAGUGUGUAACUAAAACCCUAAAAACGCUUUUCGUUUUAAGCCAUGAACCUGUUGAAAUUAAGCUUUUUAAAAGUGCAGUAUGCACCUUAUCCUUACUCAUGAGCUCUGGGUCUUAACUGGUGCUACUUUUGUUUUGUCAUCGAUAUUUCUUUAAUUUCUGUGGUAUGUGACAAAGGAAGCAGCUGGGUUUUUUGUCUACUAUCACCAGACAGCACUAGUAGGUGAGGACAGGACAUUGAAAAUAGUGUGCUAAGCAAUAAACCAAUUCUGCCCAAAUCCUGCUCUCAAGUGGUCUGUUGUCAGGAGCUUUACCCAUCGCUACAUAUAAUGUUUCUUUCACCACCUUUUCUCCAACACAAAACACACAGUGGAAUGU